AUGCCUCCUCGAAAACCAAAAUCCGACCGUCCGCCAAAACCGCCACGCGCCAAAAAAGAGACGGCGGUAAAGCGUGAGACACGGAGUCGUCACGAGAAGAAGCGGCGGGAAGAGAUGAAUGAAGUGUUGUCUGAAAUGGCUGAACUUCUUCCGCAAGAAGUGAUUUCCAGUGGAAAACUGAAAAAAGUGGAUCAAAAACCGAGAAAUCCGGAUAAAUGUUUCAUAAUCGGGAAUUCAGUUGAGAUGAUUCGAAAUUCGGAUUACAAACCCGGUUUACUAUCCGAACCGCUGACCGUCGACGUGUUCAAGAUUACCAACUCUUUUAUGAUAUUUAUGCAUGACUUCAUUGUCGCCGGCAUUGAGGGUGACCAUCGGUGCAUUUUUGAUGUGGAAAAGGACCGAAUGCUUGGAAGAGAUAUCCGAUGCUUUCUAGAUUUCGAGUCGGCGUCCAAGCUGCCAUUCUUGGACCCAAAUCUACUCAUUCAUCAACUACAAAUGAGAAGUUUUAUGGCAAAAGCAAUGAGUUGUAUCAUUAAAAAUUCACAGGAGAAUCCCUCAGAAUCCAUCCUUAUCUGUGUGCCCAAUGAGCUUCCACGAAUAGUGCCCCCACCACAAGCUCCGCCCACUUUUGUCCAGUUGACACCUCCAAAAUCGCCACCCCCAUCGAAAUUAGAGGUGGAACGACCGAUUCUGGCGGCACUUUUAAGAAAAAAAGAUCCGCCGAAACCGACUUUUUUGGAAAUUUCACCGAUGCCCCCAUCCACGUCAUCAACAUUUCUGUCCCCGACGUCGUCCACGUGUUCUACAGUACCCUUGACUACAGUAACCACUCCGCGGAGGGUUACUGUAGUGCCACCGAAACGAAAAAGGAUACGGUCGAUGAAUGUGAUUGUCGAAAGUUAUCCGUUGGAUGAGAAGGACGAGGAAGAGGAGACGCCGGCGGUGAAAAGACAGAAGAAACGGUUGGUGGCCUAA